UUCGGUUUGAAACGGGAAGAUAUUGGGUAUUUUUUCUUUUCCUUCAUCCUCCGAGUAUUUUAUAUGUCUUAUUAUUUUUUAGAAAACUGGGAACGGGAAACGGAAAAUUGUAGUAGAAGAAACACGGUCGGGACCAUGGAUGGUCAAAAUAAAAAAUUUUUUAAUUCGAAUCGAAACAAAAUAAAAAUUAAAAUGUCAAGAUCAAGGCUGAGCGUCAUGGAAAUUGGCGUCCAUUUUUGGCCGAUUUUUGGUGUUUUGCGUUUGGCUUGUUUUAAAAAUUUGAAAUAUUGGCAUUUGCUUUUUGGCAUUGCGCGCGAUGUUUUGAGCUUUUUUGGUUGUGUCGAUAUUUUAAGAAUUCGGUGUUUUGUAUAG